AUGCCGCCUUCAAACGAGAAAAUGUGGAAUACGAAUUACAUGGACACGUAUAACAAGCGAAAGCCUCCAAGAAAAUCCUAUAAGUACAGGAAACCACUUGUGGUGCCCAAGGAAACGGCGAUAGAUACGUCGUAUCUUGACCAACGUCCGAAGACAAGCAGCGACCAAUACAAAAUUACUGCCGCUGACCAACAGGAGGCUAUCAACGCGUAUUUCGCUAACCUCUGUCUCCAGGACGUGUCUCCUUCCACUAUUCCACAUUUUCUGGACCCCUCUGGGGAUUUGACCAGUGAUCCAAAUAUGUUAGAUUCGUCUCAACAUUACAUGUACGAUAUCCUUAACGCUGCUGAUUCUCUACACGCAAGGACAGAACAACUGCAGAACCAGAAACAUACCCAGGAGUGCAGUAACCUCGUAGAAAACAUUCGUUCAGGAGCCACCCCGGUACCCUCUCCACCCAAGGAACCACGUUCCAAAACUCCCGACCCACGACAGGACUACCACUGGAUCUGUUGGCCAGAACCCGAAAACAAGUCCUCGUCCAAAGAAAAGGUGCCUCACCCUCCCCGUCCUAACACAUCGCUUGGCAUCAAUUGGCCCAUUCCCAGACCAGGAAAUAGCGCGGACGAUAUAGAGGAUCGACCAAGUUCUACUGAACCGGGUUAUGUGUUCGGAGAUCAAGAGGAAAUAACCCGUGGACCUCCUAUGACCUUUGUUCCUGAACUACAAUCGUGGAUUAACGCUGCUAGUGAUUACGAUAAAGCCUUUAUAUAUCGAAUGAUGGCACUGAACGGAACCCUCCCAAUGAUCCCUCCCCAACAUAUGCGUCCACGACGCGAGACCACCUACACGUUCGGUCAAACCAAACUUCCGAUGUCAACGCAAACAUACCUACCCAAUCCCUACGCACAGAGAUGGGUACCGGGUGGCGGAAAUAUGUCCCCGAGAGCUCUGCCGUCUUUACCCCAAAUGCAACGUAGUUACACAGAUCUAGAUGACCUGAACAAUGCCAGACGUUACCUGCGUCCACAAAUGUCCAAGUCACAAGACUACGUCCACGAGCACAGUAUGUUCAUGACAACCCAGCCUCUGUGUCGUGGCCACUUCAUCAUCCACCCAGACUGGGUGUCAGAACGCCUACCAAGAAGGAAGAUGACCCCAUUUAAGAAGAACAGACAAAGCAUGAGAUAUGGAUCUAUGAACUAGAUUUACCAGUAUGGCAGACUCAAAACAGACGUUUUCGUGCAUAAUGUAUUUAUUGGUUUUUAAACAAACUGCUCAAGAUCUUUCUAUACUGGUGUUUGCUCAAAAAGAAUGUGUUUGCACCAAAUUGCGCCGUUUUUGCGGUGACGCUAGAAAUGUCUUUUGAAAGAAUAGUAACUCAAUUUCAUGUCAAAUUUAUUUUCACACGCACUAGACAGAUUGACAUUAGAUAUGCAAUGCAUGGUUCCAUGGCUAAAGAACAUUUUGUUUUACGAAUAAUGUAAAUGUUAAGUAAUAACUAGUUAUAUGACGAAGUCAAGAACAUGGUACACAAUCAAAGUAGGUCAAUUACAAUGAAAUAUUUUUUUCAUCAAAUAGGGAUAUGCUUUGUUUUUCUAGAAAUUUAUUAUUUUGACAAGUAGACAUUUAUGUUAAGACAAAAAUACGAGUAAGGCAAAUAUAUUGUAUUACCUAAUGAAGCGUAUCAAGAUAAUUCGCUGAUAUAGAUUAUAGACAAGAAGUUUUAUAUUUAUAAAGUCAUAUGGACUAUAAGCAUGUUCCGUCCAAUUAACGUUUUAGUGUAGAUCGAGAAAUACUCUCCAAAGUAUCUGUGAUGGUUGUUUCGAAUUAAAACAUGAACGCUUUAUGUUCUGCAUGUGUUACUGUGACCCUUUUUUAUAACACGUUAGCGUGAAAUGAUUCUGAAACAAAUUCCAGGAAAUAUAUUGGGCAUCGAAGAUUUGAAAAAUAGCAGCCAGUUACACAUCUCAACAUUUCACAUCAUAGGUAGUGCUUAUAUAGAAAUCAUUAUGAUAAAUGGAUAAAGAAAAAAAGCUCAUUUAAAUAACACAUCGAACAAAGGUGGAAAUGGUCCCAGAUCAUUUCACGUGUGUAUACUUAUUUAUUGUGUCAUACAAACAAACAUCACCACGCUUUAUUAUUGUUUGCUAGUCGUUUAAUGUAAAUAUUAUUUCCAAAUUUGUAUAUAUAUAUAUAUAUAUUAACUGCGUGUCGUGUAUAUAUAGAAUUACAUAAUGCAUACGAUUAAUGUAAGUUGGUUUGUGUAAAGCCAGUUUUAUUUAGACAACUUUCGUUAUCUCAAAGUAUGAAAUUUUUCCUCGCAUCUUUUAUUGAAUUAGUAUUUAACUUAUUUUUUCUAUGGUCAGACAUUCUUUAAAG